CCUCACCAUCUUCUCGUUUUGAGAGAGAGAGAGAGAGAGAGAGAGCGAGCGAGAAGUGUCUGAAGGGUUACCAUCACUUUUGUAGUCUUGUAGACGGCUUGAUUCCAACCCUCGGUCUCUGUUCUACAAGUCAAAACAAAGACAAGAAAGAGAGAGAAAGAGAGCGAGAGAGAAAGAGAAGAAGAAGAAGAAGAAGAACAGAACCCAGAACCCAGAACCCAAAACCCAAAACCCAAAACCAGUUCUCAAAUGGGCACCCCACCAUUUCUUAUCUCUCUCCUCCUCCUCUUCUCCCUCUCCCCUCCCCUCUCUGUUUCUGGAAACCCCGAGCUCACAGCACUGAUGGAACUGAAGGCGAGUCUCGACCCACAAAACGCCAGGCUCUCCUCGUGGACCGUCUCAGGCGACCCGUGCGGCGGUUCAUUCGAAGGCGUGUCCUGUAACGACAAGGGACAGGUGGUCACCCUUUCUCUGCAGGGGAAACGCCUCUCCGGCGAGCUAUCGCCGGCGAUCGGUGGGCUGAAGCACUUGACCGGUCUGUACCUGCAUUACAACUCAUUGCAUGGGGAAAUACCCGGAGAGAUUUCGGCUUUGACUGAGCUCACUGAUCUUUACCUCAAUGUCAAUAGUCUCUCUGGGGACAUACCUCCUGAACUCGGAAACCUGGCUAGUUUACAAGUUUUGCAGCUUUGUUAUAACCAGUUCACUGGAAGCAUACCCACACAGCUGGGAUCUUUGAAGAAACUUACUGUUCUUGCUAUGCAAUCUAAUCAAUUUACUGGUGCGAUCCCCGCAAGCUUAGGGGAUUUGGGACUGUUAACAAGGCUGGACUUGAGUUUUAAUCGUCUCUUUGGUUCGAUUCCCACAAGGCUAGCUGAUGCUCCUUUGCUGGAAGUCCUGGAUGUCCAAAACAAUACUCUUUCCGGCAAUGUAUCCCCUGCUCUGAAGAGAUUAGCUGAAGGAUUUCAAUACAAAAACAACCCAGGAUUAUGCGGGGUUGGAUAUUCGGCGUUGAGAGAUUGCAGCACUUUGAGUGAUGUGAUUCCAAACAUGCCUGAACCUUACGGAGCUGGCUCACCAGGUCUUGCAACUAGAGACAUCCCGGAAACAGCAAAUGUGAAGUUGAAUUGCAGCCAAACUCGAUGCUCAAACUCCUCUAAAACCCCAGAAGCUUCUGUUGUUGUUGUUACAGUAAUUGUGGUAACUAUUGCGCUUUCUGCUAUGGGCAUUCUGACUUUCUCACAAUAUCGUCGCCGGAAACAGAAGCUUGGGAGUUCGUGCAAUAUAUCUGAUAAUCGUGUCAGUACGGACCAGUCUGUAGAGGGUUACAGGAAGAAUGGAUCCCCCCUUAUCAGCCUUGAGUACUCAAAUGGGUGGGACCCCUUGGCCGAUGGUCGCAAUUUGGGGGGUUUCUCCCAAGAGGCUUUGCAAAGCUUUAGGUUUAAUUUAGAAGAGGUAGAGUCAGCUACUCAAUACUUUGCUCGAAAAAAUCUGUUGGGUAGGAGCAACUUUUCAGCAAUCUACAAAGGGGUUUUAAGGGAUGGAUCCAUUGUUGCUAUCAAGAGCAUCACCAAAAGUAGUUGCAAGUCGGAGGAAGCUGAGUUCUUGAAGGGACUGAACAUUUUGACCUCAUUGGGACAUGAGAAUUUAGUGAGGUUGAGAGGGUUUUGCAGUUCAAGAGGCCGAGGCGAGUGUUUUCUCAUUUACGAUUUCAUACCGAAUGGAAACUUGCUGUGUUAUCUUGAUCUAAAGGAGGGGGAUAACCGGGUCCUAGAGUGGAACACCAGAGUUUCUAUCAUCAAAGGCAUUGCCAAAGGUAUAGAGUAUCUACACGGUUGCACAACCAGCAAACCUGCUGUAGUUCACCAAAACAUAUCAGCGGAGAAGGUUCUCAUUGACAUGAGAUUCAAACCUUUGCUCUCUGAUUCCGGCACGCACAAACUUCAGACAAACGACACUGUCUUCUCAGCUCUCAAGGCCUGUGCUGCAAUGGGAUAUCUAGCACCUGAGUACACCGAUACAGGUCGGUUCACUGAGAAAAGCGACAUUUAUGCUUUUGGUGUGCUUAUCUUACAGAUCUUGUCUGGGAAGAGGAAAAUUACCAGCUCUGUAAGAGUUGCAGCUGAGUCAUGUAGGCUCCCUGAUUUUAUUGACAAGAACCUCAAUGGACGGUUCUCAGAAUUUGAAGCUGCAAAGAUUGCCAAGGUGUCUUUGAUGUGCACCCAUGAAUCUCCUGAGAAGAGGCCAUCUAUGGAAGCAAUAAUUCAAGAUCUGGCUGACUUCACUUGUUGUUCCUGAUUUCUAUGACUUAUUCUUCGGCAAUUUGCCUGAGAUUAUGCAGAAAAACGUAGGGAUAGGCUGGAUAUAAGAUUUCUACUAACGACUUAUUGUUAAUCACUUGAUUGCACUCCUAUCGAAAAUUGCUGGAUUUUCGAUGUCCUUUUGCUGAGGACUAAGCUUUGUUGUGAAUGUCCCUGUGGUUCAGUUCCUUGUAGCCUAGGCAUGGGACUUUGUUGGAGAUUUUCACCUGUAACCACUUGUACCGACUACAUAUUUGACGUUUGAACCGACUACAUAUUUGACGUUUGAACAGUGGUUUUUCCUCCAUCAAAAUCCUUAACAUCAUCUUAA